GUUCAGUAUCAGUUCUUUUCGGUUUAGCAAAGCAGCUGGUUGUUCCACUAUCCCAUAAGAAAAAUAUGCUGCCAUUUUGGUCUGGAUUGAUUGCCUGUCUGUUGGCGCUUCUGGUCGCUCCUCAGGCCCUUGCCUGGGAGUCGCCAGAGCUGCAGAAUGCGGCAGAGCCGCCUCAGUGCUACAGCUGCGAGGGCAUCAACUGUCUGAGGACAACCAAACAGAAUGUGACCAUCGGCUGCGUCGAUCGACUGGACAUUUGUGUGACCAUCUACGAGAACUUUGCUGUCAGCCAGAGAGGCUGUCUGUCGCAGAUUUCCCUGGCAGGCCAGGCCAAGUGCCAGGCUAAGAGUCCGGAGUGCCACAAAUGUAACGGCGAACUGUGCAACAAUCAGGGACGCAGCGACUUCCAGUGCAUUCAAUGCAGCGGAUCUGAUUCAGAGACCUGCAACGAAGGUGGCACCACCACAUUGAAGGCAUCGCAGUGCGGCCUUCCGACUUCCAUCAAUUCCUACUGCUAUGUCAAGAUCGUGGGCGAACACCUUCAGCGCGGCUGUGCCCUGUCCCUGAAGGAGCAGAAGAGUUGCCUGGAGAGCAAAGAUUGCUCGCUCUGCCUGCCCGAUAACUCUGGCGACUCCGUGGCCUGCAACACUUUCAACUUGUCCUACGCCAGAUCGAGUGCAGCACAAGGUCAAAAGGUAAUAGGCCUGAGCUUGGCUCUCUUUAGCCUGCUGGCCCUUCUCUUGCUCAAGUAGUAAUUUGCCAUCUUUUGUGAGAGAAUCAAAUCCAAAUAAAUGAGAAUUAAUCAAUCGCCCCC